CUCCCCCAUCCCUCUAGCCUAGCGUUUCCAGCGGCCGUGCAUUUCCGGUGGGGGUGCCGCGCCCAGUGAGGGCCCGGAAGUGGGUCGCGCGAAGAUUGCUGGGCGGUUCUUGCCGGAAGUGGAGAGUGGCUGAUCGCAGUCGGGAGGUGAGGCAGAGCUCUGAGGUGGUACAUUAUGGCUGACAUGCAAAAUCUGGUCGAAAGAUUGGAGAGAGCAGUAGGCCGCCUGGAGGCAGUAUCUCAUGCUUCUGACAUGCACUGUGGGCAUGGAGACAGUUCUUCAAAAGGAGCAGCUCCAUAUGUGCAAGGGUUUGAUUCACUGCUUGCAGGUCCUGUGGCAGAGUACCUGAAGAUGAGUAAAGAGAUUGGGGGAGAUGUGCAAAAACAUGCGGAGAUGGUCCAUACAGGUCUGAAGUUGGAGCGGGCUCUCUUGGUUACAGCCUCUCAGUGCCAGCAGCCAGCAGGCAAUAAGCUUUCUGAUUUGUUGGCACCCAUCUCAGAGCAGAUCCAAGAAGUGUUAACUUUUCGGGAGAAGAAUCGAGGCAGCAAGUUGUUCAAUCACCUCUCAGCUGUCAGCGAAAGCAUCCAGGCCCUGGGUUGGGUGGCUAUGGCUCCCAAACCUGGCCCCUAUGUGAAAGAGAUGAAUGAUGCUGCCAUGUUUUAUACAAAUCGAGUCCUCAAGGAAUACAAAGAUGUGGACAAGAAGCAUGUGGAUUGGGUCAAAGCUUACUUGAGUAUAUGGACAGAGCUACAAGCUUACAUUAAAGAGUUCCACACCACUGGACUGGCCUGGAGCAAAACGGGGCCUGUUGCAAAAGAACUAAGUGGAUUGCCAUCUGGACCCUCUGCUGGAUCAGGCCCUCCUCCCCCUCCACCAGGGCCACCUCCCCCCCCAGUCCCCACUAGUUCAGGCUCAGAUGACUCUGCUUCACGCUCAGCACUGUUUGCGCAAAUUAAUCAGGGGGAAAGUAUCACACAUGCCCUGAAACAUGUAUCUGACGAUAUGAAGACUCACAAGAACCCAGCCCUGAAGGCUCAGAGCGGUCCAGUGCGCAGUGGCCCCAAACCAUUUUCUGCACCUAAGCCAGGAGUCAGCCCAUCUCCCAAACCUACCACAAAGAAGGAGCCAGCUCUACUUGAACUGGAGGGCAAAAAGUGGAGGGUGGAAAAUCAGGAGAAUGUUUCCAACCUGGUGAUUGACGAUACAGAGUUGAAACAGGUGGCUUACAUAUACAAGUGUGUCAACACAACAUUGCAAAUAAAAGGCAAAAUUAAUUCUAUUACAGUAGAUAACUGUAAGAAACUCGGCCUGGUGUUUGAUGACGUAGUGGGCAUUGUGGAGAUAAUCAAUAGUAGGGAUGUCAAAGUUCAGGUAAUGGGUAAAGUGCCAACCAUUUCCAUCAACAAAACAGAUGGCUGCCAUGCUUACCUGAGCAAGAAUUCCCUGGAUUGUGAGAUAGUCAGUGCCAAGUCUUCUGAGAUGAAUGUCCUUAUUCCUACAGAAAGUGGUGACUUUAAUGAGUUUCCAGUCCCUGAGCAGUUUAAGACCCUAUGGAAUGGGCAGAAGUUGGUCACCACAGUGACAGAAAUUGCUGGAUAAGCGAAGUGCCACUGAGGUCUUUGCCCUCUCUUGUCACACCGUGGGGAAAAUGUGUAUCAAGAUGAUUAUUUUCUUCUUUUUUUUUUUUUUUAGAUUUCCUCUACCUUUCUGCUCUUAAACUGCUUCUCUUCUUUGAGAAGCAUAGCUACCUGCCUUCACUGAAAUAUACCUCAGGCUGAUUUGGGGUGGGAUAGCAGGUCAUUUGAUCUUCUGCAGGAAGGUGCAGCUUUUCCAUAUCCAUUCAACCACACCAUCAGUCCAUUCUUAAGGAACGGCAGACCAAGAAUGGUGUUUUGGCUUUCAGCCUUUGGGGUUUAUUCAUCCAACAGUCUUUUAGGAAGAACAAAGUAGUCCCCAAGAACUAACAGAUCAAAAUGUUCACAUAAGUUAAUUUUUUCCUAACAAUGAGCAUGAAGGUAGCAGAAGCUGGUGUGAUUCUAGUUGGUUCUUCUAAUCAGACUAAUUUUUUAUUGCUGAUAACUGAGAUAAGGGUUACACUGGCCCAAAGGCUGAAGCUUGGCUGUAUAGCAUUCCGAGCAAAAUUGUUUGCUGUAAGCAUUUCUUUAUCUGCAUUUCAUUCUGGGUCUGCCUAAACCUAAGAUACUAGGUUCUCCUAUACCAGCUUCUGUGGCAAUACCCUGUACUUAGGCCAUUUAAAGGAGUUUUGAGACUCUUUCUCUGGGACCCCUGCCCACCACAUUCCUGCAGAGAUGACUUUAAAGGAAAAAGGAGAAUGACACAGCAUUCCAUGUAAAUUGGCAUUCCUUCCUCCUUUCAUGCUAGGUCAUCCAUCUUCGUUGCCCCCUAUGCUCUGUCACACUCAAUAGCUUUUGGCUUCUGUUGGGGUACUUAAUCAGAGAACUGAAACCUCCACCAAGGACUGGUUUUAGGUCUUAAUGUAAGAAUCUUGCAUAGCAUUGCUAAUGUAAAUUUCAGUUUUUCCCUCUAGGACAAACACAUACCAAAAUAUGCAACUUUUUUUUGGUGGGAAGAGAAAUUGUCCUGUGACUUCUACCCAUUUCCUGAGGCCUGUGGAAAUAAACCUUUAUGUACUUAAAGUUAUACAGAAAAUAGAAUAAAAUUAAUACCAAACUUG